AUGGCAUCAGGUGGUUCGGGCCCUCCUCUUCCACCUUCAGGAAAAUCUGAUAAGGGGAAGGGGAAGAAAUCUUAUGUAGUCAAGUUGAUUACGCGUUUCCAUAAUGAAAUUGGUUCAAGCAGUCAACCAACUACCCCUACCUCUACCUCCUCCACUGGUACAUAUGUUCCAUCUCCAUUACAAGUUCCCAGCUUCACUCCUACUCCACAUACAUCUACACCUACCUCUCUUCCAUCUCCAUUACAAGGGCCUGACUUGACACCCACUUCAUACCAAGUGCCUACUAAUGAAAUGGCAUCACUCUCUCCCAAUGUUGGUUCUAACCUAUCAACUCCCACAAAUAUUGCACCAUCACCUGGUACAGUGGAUGUAGAUCCACAUUCCAGUUCACCCAAUAAUGACGAGGAAGAAUGUUCCAACAGUCGUCUAAUGAUUAUACCCGUUGGAGGAGG